GAAGGAGGGGAAAGGCUUCUUGCUUGGCCAGUGGAAGCAGGGAAGAGCCCAGGACAAGGACCCAGCUCUCCAGAGAAGUCAUUCCCAGACUGAGAGCUGCCCUCUGGCCAGAGUCAUGCCAACCCAGGCUCUGGUGCCCAUCCUGCUCCUCUCUGUGCUGCUGCUACAGGCCCAGGGAGGGCGCCGUAAACUGAAAAAGAUGCACAGGAUAGAGCUGCUCAGUGAAGUCAAGAAUUGUGAAAAACAUACCAACAUAUAUAUGUGCAGACAUCCAUGUGAAUAUCACCAAGAUUGCCAAGCAAAUAACAUAUGCUGUUCAACCUUCUGUGGAAAUAUUUGCAUGAGCCUCUAGGGAGUGGGUGAGGGUGCUGUUUUGUGCAUCCUGCUCCCCCAACUCUUUAGGCAGACCAAGACACCAGGACCUCAGAUUUCCGCCACCAGGAUGUCCGGGGGAACGCACCCUCCCUUCUGUCUGAACUGUUUGUUCCUGUCAAAUAAACCAGAACAAAUGUCCAUAGACCUUCCUACUUUA